CGUCGUGAACGUCGUGCGACACCGGGCGUGAUCGGUUCUCUCAAAUUGGGAAUAUACAUACUCACGUAUCGUUUAGAAAAGUCACGAGUGAGCCGGAGUAAAAUUCAGAGGGCGACAUUCCCGUUUUUCGUCUGUUUUCUUUUUUCUGUUGCCGUUCGCCCGACGAUUCUUGUGCAGACGAUGUUAAAAAUAGUAAAUAAAUGAGACCUCUUCCUGCCACAGCUGCAGGGGAACGGGUAGAAAGAAAGUAAAGUCAUGAAAUCGAAUCGGUAGAGCAAGCUAAACUAGUUUUUUGAAAGAGUGUCGGUGGGGAGUCAGUUAGUAGUUGACAGAAGGAAACAGAGGAGUUCCUUUGCGACUUGGUCAAAUGCAGCUGUUUCAUCGUCAUCGGUUAUUUUUAUUACGACCAUCGGCAAUGCAAUCGCGACAGUAUCGUUUAACGAAUGGAGAGCGACGACGUUUAAGGUGAUUGACUGUCGUAAGGAAACGUCGUCGAAUACGGUAGCACGUGAACGGGGGAAAGAAUCGGGGAACGAGAGAUAACGUGCAGGCAUGAAAGAGAUGCGUGAAACAGAUACGGAGUAAGCUCGAUUGAAGAAGAUCUCGGUGUUCGUUCAAGCUCGAGUUUACGCAACGCGUGUCGAACUUUCCGAGUACACUCUUGAUCACGAGAAAGUCAUGUUACCGCCAGCCGCGAUGCACUUGGAACGAAAAGAGAGUACCGAAAGAAUGACAGCAAGGGAACGUUUUCCUUCGUCCAGUAGUACCGACGACGAUCAAAGCGGUUCCGACACGGAACACGAUUCGAACGCACUGCGCGGCAAGGUUCACUCUGGGAUACUUCAUCACUCUGGCACCCAUUCCGUGAGAAAACGCCGGGGCAACUUACCAAAGCAUUCGGUGAAAAUUCUAAAGCGAUGGCUUUACGAGCACAGAUACAACGCAUACCCGAGCGACAGCGAGAAGCUGACGCUCAGUCAGGAAGCGAAUUUGACGGUGCUGCAGGUUUGCAAUUGGUUCAUAAACGCCAGACGGAGAAUCCUGCCGGAAAUGAUCCGGAGAGAGGGCCACGAUCCUCUUCAGUACACGAUAUCUCGUAGAGGUAAAAAGAUGCCCGCGGGUAGUCACCAACAAUCGUCUGGCCUCGGUACGAGAUCCAGUCAGACCUGGGAUUCGUUAGCUGGGAUGAGUGCUCCUAAACGUAGCAGAGACCACGACUACGAAGAUCCCGCAGGAUUGAUAUACCGAAGCGAAGAGGACAGCCCGAACGAUUACGAGAGUAGUUCCCACAGCGAGGAGGAACGCCCGUCGACGCAGUGGCCCAGCGUAAUAGUUUACCCUUACACGGAAACUAAAAUCGAACAAAACGUCGGUCAGCUCGCCGGGUUCAACGACGCGAUCGCUCAUCCAGCGCGACGAGGGGACGAUGACGAUUCCUCGAUGGUGAACGAAGCCGCGUACUGGAGCGCGCCCAGACAGCACCUCAUCCAGACUGCUGACGUUCAACGCGAGACCGAAAUGUACACACGCAAUGCUCACAGUCCUCAUUCGGACGAAACACCACCUCCGACACCACCCGAGGAGGAUAAAGACAAGUUCAAAUGUCUUUACUUGCUGGUCGAGGCAGCUGUCGCUGUUCGACAACAGGAAAAAGAACGGGAGGGGACUGUACCGGUUUAACAAAAGCAGCAGUGUUUCUCGUAGCUUACAUCCACGUUUCUUAAUUUUUCGUUUCCCAUUACCCUACGAAGAAUGCAAAACAAUAUUGCCGUUUUCUCGUCGCCGGUCGUGGAAUUGUUUUUUUUUUUUUUUUUAAGCCCCUAUCUGGUGACAGAUGUUCUUCUCACUUUUAAACAAUUUUCUUGUAGCUUCGGGGGGAUUGUACGAGGUAGAAAUUAACAAAACUCGUAACAUGUGCUCUUCUUUGUAAAGGUUUUAGUCAACUUCCGCAUAUACGUAUGCACGCGAUGAAGAAAUAAUGUCAGACCAGUAAAGCUCGAGGGGUGACCGGACGUGUAGUAACGAGAUCGUUAAUCGACCUUGCGUAUGACAGUGCUCUCAAAAUGAUAAUUUACAAUACGGGUGCGCUGUUUUGAAAUCGUACAACGAAAAAGCUCUCAAAAUUACACGUUUGUAUUGUACUAUUGCAAUUUUUCAGUAUUUAUUGUGUUCUUCGAGGCAAUAACAAGAGUUCUUCGGAUUCGAGGAUACAUUUCACAAACAGAGUAUCCUGCCUUCUUGUAAAGAAAGUAAACAUACACAGUUACAGACAUGCUAUAUAUAUAUAUAAUAUAUAUAUACAUAUGUGUGUGUGUGUGUGUAUAUAUAUGUAUAUAUAUACAUAUAUUCGCGUGCGCGAGGGUGGAAGGGAGGAUAGUUACAAGACAAAUCAUUUGAACGAUUCAGUAUAAUAUAGUGGGAGUUGCCUUUCCAUUUCGUUGUUCGUAUUUUCGUCGAUGAGCGUGCUCUAGUAUCAGAUGGGGUACUAGUUGGACAGAAAGAAAACGUGAGAUUGACGAUCAAACAAGUGCCAAAAUAAUAUAAACCCGACCGACAGGUCGAUCGUAAGUGUGACGAGAGAAAAGUCUAAUUGCAUGUCAAUUUCGUUGAACUUCUCCGUUUCCGUGUAUCGUAUCUUGCAGUGAAAUCUCGAUGAAUAUUACAGUCGCGCGUUUUCUGAUAUUCAUAGGGAGAAAGGGAGAACGGGAUAUGUUCGACGUGACAGUGAAAAAAAAAAGAAAACAUAUACAUAUUUACGCGUGUUUCUCCGAUCGAAGAGGAUCGCGGGUCGCGCGUAAUCGUUCGUAAAACAUUUGCUUCGGAUUGUUAAAAUAUAUAUUGAUAAAAAUACAUUGCUAAGCAAGUGUUGAACCAGAGACUGGCCAAAGAACACUGAAAGCAUUUCCUUAAUGUUCUGUUGUUUACUUGUACUUAGUUAUUUUCUUCUACAUUACUUUCUUUUUCGUUUACAUUAAUGACACGAUCGUACGACGUCAAUAGGUUGUGCAUCGAUUCUCCAUCCACGUCUCGAAGUUACGCAGUACUUAGGCUCACGAAUGCAUUAAUUCGCGCGUAUUCUUUUUCUUCUUUGCAUCCAUUCUACGAUUCAUUGCUGCCAGAGGACAGUACGUACUAAUUUACAAUAAUUGUGAUUUUUUUUUAAUGGCGUUUAUACUCGCAUUUAUAUUAGAUGAAUAAGACUGCUCGAGGAGAGAUUUGUAUACAUAUUAACACGUUUACAGAAAGUGUAUAAGAGCAUCUCCCUUUUCUCCCUCUGGCAACCGAACGGCCACCAAAUACUGUAAAUCUGAUGACAUCGCUCGACCGUUCGUUGCCCGUGAAUAAUCGCGUUCCUCCUAAAGAGAAACCAUUUUUCAUUUUCUUUUUCUUUUUUUUUUUGAGAGAAUAGAACAGAAGACAAAAGACGAUACACGAAACAAAUGAACAGCGCUUAUAAUUAGUACGUUAAGUACAUAAAGUAAACUAACGAUAAGCACAUGUGCCUAUCGAGAGAUAAAUGUCUAGGAGAUAAGUAUGUAUGUAUAUUUAGAUUAUAAUGAUACAGCCACAUGAUUCAACGUACGUUAUACACGAAAUCUCGUAUUUUGAAAAGGUUCGCGUAGAGAGUAUAAUGAGAAACAAAAGAUCACGAAUCGAAUGUAGAAAAACUAUUGGUACAAACGCCAAAGACUUAACCGUUAGUUAUAUUCAGAUAAUUAAGUUCUUUAAAUAACUACUUACACAUAAACAAGUCCUUUUUGCCGAAUACGUAGGUAGUUAUUGUGUUUGUUGUGUGCUCGAGCGUUUGAUAAAAUUCAUUAAAAGGUGGUAAAAAAAUAAUAGUACGUUGCAGAGAAAGCUAGAGAGAGAGAGAGAGAGAAAGAGAAGUAGAUACAUAUAAAUCGUUCGGAAAAUGUGCCUGUCAGAUGUGUAUUACAGUGUUAAUUGUUGCGUAUAUCGAAAAGUGUGAAUGUAGACGUGAACGUGAAUCGAUGCAGCCGCGUGCGCCCCACGCACGUGGUUCACGAAUUGAACAUAGUGCAUCGAUACGCGAGCUAGAUCCAAACGGUGUUCAGAUGAAAAUCAUGUUCUUCGUAUGUACAAAAUAUUUCGAUUGAAAUUUAUUUUUAAACCGCGGUACGGUCGCCAGGCCAGCUUGUUAAACGGACUCUUAGGAAAAUAGUUUAAACGUUAGUCUAAGGAUAGAUCUCUCUCUCCGACAGAAGACGAGCCUGUGAAAGUGAUAAGUUUGAUCAGCGGGACUCCGGUCGCAGGAAGAACAGCGUGUACGAUCACAAUGACGAGGCGCGACGAUGACGAAGACGAAGACGGCGAAUUAUGAAAAUUCUAAACGAUGUGUGCGCAUACGUGACAAGUGUAUUGUAUCGAACGAGGUUACAUUCUGAAAAUGCCCGAAUCCGUUUGUCGUUCCACGAGUGAUGGAAUCGCGGUUUAGCUCUGCACGUUUCGUACUUUCUUGCCUGUUGAUAAAAAAAUAGGAAGGGGGAGAAAAAAAGAAAACGACAGUCGAGCCGAUCAAUUGUUCAGGUAACGAAAUGUAUAUCUUCAAUAGUUCCUAACUAAACUGUUUGAAACCGUUUCACUUAUCGGAGGCAAAGGGGAACAAUGGGGGGAGGGGGGUAUGGAUGGAUGACGAAUGCAUGUAUGAGAAGCGCCAAAUCGUUAUCGAAACGCAUAAUUAUAAAAGCAAUAAGUGUGCCUUGUUAGAAUGUUCUAAAUGCAUCGUACCGACGAGUAGAAUAUUUAACGGAUAAAUAGUCUCGGGACCUUCGCCGAAUUCGUCGAAUUUAUUUCUAAUGUAUUUACGAUUUUGAGAAACUUGAGAUAUAAGGUAAACGAAAUAAAAAAACCAUAUAGUUGGCGUUUUCCUGUUAGUGAAUUUUAGCGUUAAAAAAAAACAGAAGCGUAUACAUAGAAUUUUCUCGCGUGGGGUUUGCGAGGGGGAAGGAUUAAUGAUUGCUAGAAGAUUUUACGUCCCUCCGCGAAAGGGAAACUGAUUUUUCGAAAGGAAGCAUUUUUUUCGGAGUUAAUAUUAUUUUUAGUAUCGCAGUAGUGCGCAUUGUUUUGUUUCCUUCCGGUUUUUUUUUUUCUUCUUCCUUAACUUUCUCUUUCCGCGUGCACAUUAUAAUCUGCCAGGUGCGUGCUACACGCGUACAUAUCAUGUCAACCUUGAAACAUACUUGCUCGACUUAUCAGGGUGCCCGCCCUUCUUUCAAACGGUGUUCCACCGAACGUGGAGACGGUUCUCCGUUAUCUCUGCCUUCGGACGGAGAUCCAAGGGAAUCAGAGCCGACGGCCUUACUUCUUCGAAUUUAAAGGGUCGCCCGAUUUAACUUCCGAGUAAUGUAAUGUCCGAUUGGUAAUUUUGUAAAAUAAAUUAAAUAUGUUAUCAAUUUUA